GCUUUCCUCCCCAAAUCGCUCCCACUACAUUUGCUCUUUCUCUUCUCAUUUUCUUUUUCAAUCCUAAUCCUUUGAAAAUCACAUCACAUUUUCUUUUUACAUUUUUUUGGUAUUCUGAUUCAAGGUUAAAUUUCAUAUAAAUUCGAAAAUACCGAAGUUCAGAAACCUGGAAGAUCUGGAGCCAUUACCGGCUCCAACCGGCAACUUCCAGAUUCGGUACCGAACACCAUCCUCAGCCGAACUCCUCGAGUCCGGGUCGAACGGAGCCUUAUUAUCUCCGAACGGAAACGGCUCCGACGAUCACUCCGAAAAGAUGAUCAAGCGUUCAAUGGCCAAGCAUGAGUCCAUCUCCGACAAGAUCCAUAAGUACCGAGGCGUUUUGCUGGUUAUCUCCAUCCCUAUUGUGCUUAUAAUCUUCUUCUUAUACGUAUUGCCGGGUAAAUCGGCGUCUGAUGCGGCCGUGCUGGAGGAGAUCGAGUUAAAUAGCAGGAGAGUAGGGGCGAAUUCCAGAGGGAAUAGGAAUUAUGCUGUGAUUUUUGAUGCGGGGAGUUCCGGAAGUCGGGUUCAUGUUUAUUGUUUUGAUCAUAAUUUGGAUCUUGUUCCAAUUGGUUCUGAUUUAGAGCUUUUUGAGCAGCUCAAACCAGGUUUGAGCUACUAUGCAAAUGAUCCACAGACUGCAGCAAAUUCAUUAAGUUCUCUUCUUGACAAGGCAGAAAGUGUUGUGCCAAUGGAUCUGCGAUCAAAGACUCCUGUCAGAGUUGGGGCAACUGCUGGUCUGAGGGCAUUAGGAGGCGACGCAUCUGAUAAAAUUUUGCAAUCAGUUAGGGAACUUUUGAAAAGUCGAAGCACCCUUAAAUCUGAGGAAAAUGGGGUCAAAAUUUUGGACGGCUCUCAAGAAGGUUCUUAUGAGUGGGUGACUAUAAAUUACCUUUUAGGAAAUUUGGGGAGGACAUAUCGGGACACUGUUGGCAUAGUUGAUCUUGGUGGUGGAUCUGUUCAAAUGGCAUAUGCCAUCUCUGAGAAUGCUGCUUCAAGGGCUCCAAGUUUACCAGCUGGCCAGGACAGUUAUGUAAAUGAAAUGUAUCUGAAGGGAUCAAAGUAUCACCUUUAUGUUCACAGCUAUUUGCACCAUGGCUUAUUGGCAGCUCGAGCAGAAAUUUUGAAGGUAUCUGAAGAGUCUGGGAACCCUUGUAUCUUGGAGGAUUUUGAUGGUACUUAUCAAUAUGGAGGAGAAGAAUAUAAAGCAUCCGCACUGUCAUCUGGUUCAAGUAUGGAAGAAUGCAGAAGGUUGACUCUCAAGGCCCUUAAAGUAAAUGAUUCGUGCACGCAUAUGAAGUGCACAUUUGGUGGCAUAUGGAACGGCGGAGGUGGAGAUGGACAGAAGAAUCUGUUUGUUGCUUCAUUUUUCUUUGAUAGAGCUGCUGAGGCCGGUUUUAUUAAAGCAAGUGAUCCUGUUGCAAAAGUUCAGCCUCGUUCGUUUGUAGAUGCCGCUAAACGUGCUUGUCAAACCAAAUAUGCAGAUGCUAAAACAACAUAUAAAGAUUUGGGCGAGAAUAACCUGCCGUAUAUAUGCAUGGAUCUGGUGUACGAGUACACUCUACUUGUUGAUGGAUUUGGACUUGAUCCCUACCAAUAUAUUACAUUGGUGAAGAAAGUGAAAUACCGGAAUUCCUUCGUUGAAGCUGCUUGGCCCCUAGGUAGUGCCAUUGAAGCUGUAUCAUCAUGAAGUAAAAAUUCCAGAUAUGCAGAACGAAGAACCAUUGAACGUUCAUAUUGUAGAUCGGAUUUUUUGGUGGGGAAUAAUAGGAAGGGAAAAGUUUCAUUUAAUCUUCUUCAUUGGUAAUAUACAUUUUUAUUAGUUUUCCUGAUUUUUAUAAUUUUUGUGAGAUUUAAUUGAAUUAGUUCAUUUAGCUUGUAAC